CCUUGAGCUGCUUUCAACCAUUGAUCAGAGAGAUUGAAGAGAAGCGCGUGGCUGUGCCGCGCAUGGCUGCUGCUGGGGAAAUGGCUCAAGUGCACAUCCUGACAAAUUGCUCGCAGCAUCUCAGAGACUGCUGCUGAGCGCAAGGAACACAGGACAUGGCUUUUUAUUAAAGGGAUCAGCCGAUUCAAGUCUCCGUCAGACACUCUAGAGGCAGUUGUUACCAGGGUUGACGACCGUCAGAAGCAUGCUCUCUCGGACCCUCCCGACGCAGCCCCGGACGCAGAAUGUGGCUGGGUGAGAACGCGGUGUUCGCCUACGAGUCGUCGGUGCACGGCGCCCACGUGCUGCGCUGCCUGGACGAGCAGCGGCGGAAGGACGAGCUGUGCGACGUGACCGUGCUGGUGGAGGGCCGGCCCUUCCGCGCGCACCGCGCCGUGCUGGCCGCCUGCAGCGCCUACUUCCACGCCCGGCUCGCCGGCCCCGCCGGCACGGAGCCACGCAUCACGCUGCCCGGAGAGGUGACAGUUAAAGGAUUUGAACCUUUAAUUCAGUUUGCCUACACCGCUAAACUGAUACUAAGUAAGGACAAUGUGGAUGAGGUGUACAAGUGUGUGGAAUUUUUAGGCGUACCUGAUAUUGAGGAAUCCUGCUUUCAGUUUCUCAAAUACAAGUUUCUGGACUCCACUGCAGACCCGCAGGAAUGUUCCAGAAAAAAAUGCUUCUCCUCGCCUUGCCAGAAACCAGAUUUUAAGUUUUCGCUUUUGGACCAGAAGGAUUUAGAAAUCGAUGAGGUGGAGGAAUUUCUGGACAACAAAAAUGUCCAAACCCCUCACUGUAAACUGCGUAGGUGUCAAGGCAGUGCAAAAGCGAUGACUCCUGUCCAGGAUAGUGCCAGCCAGACGUGUGAGUCCGUGUGCUUAGAGAAGGACGCUGCCCUGGCUCUGCCGUCUUUAUGCCCCAAAUACCGAAAAUUCCAGAAAGCGUUUGGAACUGACAGAGUCCGAACCGUGGAAUCCAGCGUCAAAGACAUUCAGGCCGCUUCUGUUCAGCCUCAUGAGCCGUCAGAAAAUGAGUGUCUAGGAGGAAUCCAGGACUGUGCAGACUUGCAGGUGAUUUUAAAAUGUGAAGAAAGAAAAUCAGCAAUGGAACAUGAAGAAGCCAAGAAGAAAGAUCCCGCUUCCCAGGGCUCAUCCGGAAAAACAGAAACAACUCCCUGCCCCCCCAAUUCUGCAGACCCCCAUGGGCUCUACUCUCUGUCUCUCUUACACACGUACGACCAGUACGGUGACUUGAAUUUUGCUGGCAUGCAGAACAUGACAGUGUUGAUGGAAAAGCCUUCAUCGGGUUGCGAUGUGCGAGAAGAGAAAGCUUUCAGUGAGAGUCCAGACAUGAAAUCAGACCCCGGCCCCAGGAAGGAGAGUGGCCUUGCUGCCAGUGACCUGAGCAGCGUGGAGCGAGAGGUGGCCGAGCACCUCGCGAAGGGCUUCUGGAGUGACAUCUGCAGCGGCGACUCUCCCUGCCAAAUGCAGUUGUCCCCUGCCGUGGCCAAAGAUGGCCCAGAGCACAGCUACCCCCAGAAGCGGUCUGAGUGUCCCUGGUUAGGCAUCAGGAUCAGUGAGAGCCCGGAGCCGGGCCAGAGGACUUUCACAACCUUGAGUUCUGUCAGUUGCCCUUUCAUAAGCACUCUGAGUACCGAGGGCUGUUCCAGCAGCCUGGAGAUCGGAACCGAUGACUACGUUUCAGAGCCCCAGCAGGAGCCUUGUCCCUAUGCUUGUGUGAUCAGCUUGGGAGACGACUCAGAGACGGAUACUGAAGGGGACAGUGAGCCCUGUUCAGCCAGAGAACAAGAGUGUGAGGUAAAAUUGCCAUUUAACGCACAACGAAUAAUUUCACUCUCUCGAAAUGAUUUUCAAUCUUUGUUGAAAAUGCACAAGCUGACCCCAGAACAGCUCGAUUGCAUCCAUGAUAUUCGGAGAAGAAGUAAAAACAGGAUUGCUGCGCAGCGCUGCCGCAAGAGAAAGCUUGACUGUAUCCAGAAUCUGGAGUCAGAAAUCGAGAAGCUGCAAAAUGAAAAGGAGAGCUUGUUGAAGGAGAGGGAUCACAUUUUGUCCACUCUGGGCGAGACCAAGCAGAACCUGACAGGGCUCUGCCAGCAAGUCUGUAAAGAAGCGGCACUGAGUCAAGAACAGAUACAGAUCCUCGCCAAGUACUCAGCCUCCGACUGCCCACUCUCCCUGUUAAUUUCCGAGAAAGGCAAGAGCAUUCCUGACGGUGAGCUUGCGUUACCCUCCAUCCUGAGUCUGUCUGAAAGGCCUGCAGCUGGACCGCCUGCCGGAGAGCCCAGCCCGUGUUGCCCCCGCACCAGGGGCAGUGAGGCGGGCGGUGUGCGGGGCCAGGAGUCCCAGCCGGCCGCCAGCACCCCCUCAGAGCUGAGCCCAGGGCCCCGGGAGCCCUGUCGCCAGAGUGGGGGCAUCUCAGACUUCUGUCAGCAGAUGACCGACAAGUGUACUACUGAUGAGUAAAUGCACUUCCGCCUCCUUCAAACCGGCUCCUUCCCACUGGCGUUUUGACAUUGUCUUAAAAGCCUGAUACGGCCACCCAUCUCUUGACAGUAUGGUUUGUCGCCCCUCGUGCUUUGCUGUUAAGGGAAUUUCUUUGACAUCAGCCUUUGACUUCUUCAUUUCCACAGGAGAGGCAGAAAUGAUCUGCCACCUGGAUGCUGAAAGUUCCCAUGUGGAAAUGCAGUAAGGCUUUGAAAGAAAGAAAGUGAAGUCGCUCAGUCAUGUCUGACUCUUUGCGACCCCAUGGACUGUAGCAUAUACCAGGCUCCUCUGUCCAUAGGAUUUUCCAGGCAAGGGUACUGACAACUCCUCAGUUUUAAAGAAUAACAGCUGUUAGCAAAGAUUCUUUCCAGUAUUCAAAGUAAAUCAGAAAAUGAAAA